AAGAUGUCAUUCCUGGACAGCCUUGUGACUGUGAGACCUUCAGGCGCUGUAUCUUCUCUCACUGGUCUCGACAUUAAUAUUACUGGAGCUCCAUUCGUAGCUUGGGAUGAGCGGAUACCUUUUAUCACGGGUGAGAACAGGCUAUGCGGAAAUGGCUGUGAACGAAACACUGACUCCGGAUGAGCAGAGAGAACGAGUUUGGUUUCUCAUGAUAACCGUCACCACAGGACAACUAGAAGGUAUCUCGAAAUUCGUAGAUUAUGCUUUCGAUGCCACGUACAAUUAUACUAGGCUGGAGAAAGGAGAGCUCCCUCGUGUGCGCUUUGGUCGAAUCGACUAUCUCAAUGUUAUGAGUAUCACCACUAAAUGAGCUGUCUGUUCGUGAGUCUUUAACAUUUUGUAGUGUGCUCAUGUCCUUGACCUUCUAUCAGCUGAAUCUCAGAAAUGUCAAAGAGCCAUGGAAAUCCAUCUACAGCCCUGGUGGUGAACGCGAAUACAUUUUAGACUACCUGGUACAAUUUCUGUGGCUCACGUACACGACGAGCGGAGGUCUUGUGACUUUUUUUUCAAAUUUGCAUAAGUCUUUGCCUCCUCAGAACACUGCUAAGCCUGCACCCAAGCCUGUGUCUGCACCCGCAGCCCCAGAACACGCAAUCGUGUCGAGUGCGACGAAUACGAUGCAGAAGUGGUCUGCUAAAGGAAGGGGAAAUAGUUGGAUGUCUCGAAG